AUGUGUUCAUCUAGUGAUCAUUCGAAAAAUGUUCAUCAUGUUCAACCAUUAACAAAUAUUGCAGCCAAUGAUAUCGAUCAACAAACGGAUAUUUCUUCUAUAAAUGAAAAAAUGACAUCAUCUAUUAAUAGUUCAAUUACAAAAACAAAAUUAAUACAACCACCACAUGAAAGAUGUUUACCUCCACCUGUUGCACAUCGUUUAAAUGUCAAUGAUCUAUUUGAUAUAACAACAUUAGCGUAUAGUAAACCACGUCUAGAUGUAUUAAAAGAACAUUUAUUACAAGAGGGACGUUUAACAGAAGAGGCAGCAUUAUUAAUUAUUGAAAAAGGUGAAACAUUAUUACGAAAUGAAAAUACAUUGAUUGAUUUAGAAGCACCGAUAACGGUAUGUGGCGAUAUACAUGGUCAAUUUUAUGAUUUAAUGAAACUAAUUGAAGUUGGUGGAUCACCAGCAACGACUCGUUAUCUAUUUUUGGGUGAUUAUGUUGAUCGUGGUUACUUUUCAAUCGAAUGUGUCCUAUAUUUAUGGUCAUUGAAAAUUACUUAUCCAACAACAUUUUUUCUUCUACGUGGAAAUCAUGAAUGUCGACAUUUAACAGAAUAUUUUACAUUUAAAACAGAAUGUAAAAUUAAAUAUACAGAACGUGUUUAUGAUGCUUGUAUGCGUGCAUUUGAUGCAUUACCAUUGGCUGGUCUUAUUGAAAAACAAUUUUUUUGUGUACAUGGUGGACUAUCGCCAGAAAUUAAUACACUUGAUGAUAUUAGAAAGCUUGAUCGAUUUAAAGAACCACCACCUUAUGGACCCAUGUGUGAUUUAUUAUGGUCUGAUCCGAUCGAUGAUUAUGGACGAGAAAAGAGUUUUGAUGAAAAAUUUUUAUUUAAUGCUACACGUGGUUGUUCUUAUUUUUAUACAUUCAAAGCAGUUCAUGAUUUUCUUUUACGUAAUUCAUUACUUACAGUUAUUCGAGCACAUGAAGCACAAGAUGUGGGUUAUCGAAUGUAUCGUAAAUGUCCGCAAACAGGUUUUCCUAGUCUAAUGACAAUUUUUAGUGCUCCAAAUUAUCUUGAUGUUUAUCAGAAUAAGGCAGCCGUAUUAAAAUAUGAUACAAAUAUUGUUAAUAUUCGACAAUUUAAUUUUUCAAAUCAUCCAUAUUGGUUACCAAAUUUUAUGAAUGUAUUUACAUGGAGUUUACCAUUUGUUGGUGAAAAAGUAACAGAAAUGUUGAUUAAUAUUUUGAAUAUUUGCAGUGAAGAAGAAUUAAUUACGGAUCCUGAUCAAGAGGAUGGUGAUAAUACCACGGAAGCUAAUAAUUUUCGACGUGAAGCAAUUCGAAGUAAAAUACGAGCAGUGGGAAAAAUGGCAAAAGUUUAUUCAUCAUUACGUGAAGCAAGUGAAAAUGUUAUUAAUUUAAAAGGUUUAACCCCAACGAGUAGUACAGAAAAUUUAACAAUGAUUGAUAGUUCAACAGAUUCAGAAAAUGAUGUAGACAAUAUUCUAAAACAAAAAAUAAAAGAUUUUUCAUUUUCAACAGCAAAAUCAUUAGAUCAAAUUAAUGAACGAAUGCCACCAUGGUCUGAUGAAGAAAGUAAAGAACGUCUUGCUAAAACACAAAUGAAUUCUCCUAAGAAAAUUGUCAGUGAUGAGCAUACUGAACCGGUGAUUCAAGAACAACAACAUUUUGACGAUGAAGAAGAAAAAAAUUCAGCACCUAUUGUCGUUAUAUGCAGAGAAGAUGAUACGAAAGAACGACAAACGAUAAAUGACGAGGACAAAAAACAACUAAGUGAUACACAAGCCAGUUUUGAUAUAGAUCCAUUAAUUGACUCUUCUACAAAUAAUCAUAAUCAAAAGAAACAACAAAUAGACAAGAAGAAACAAAUAAAAUCUGAACAGUCGGUACCUACUCAACCCGGUGAUAAAAUAACAUCGGCCACGAGUACACAAAAUGAUAUUGUUGAAUCAAUUGAUCUCGGUUCUAUUCAAUUAAAAUCUACUGAUGACGAAUAUUUAAAAUCGCCAUCAUCAAAUCGUUUUUCGUUAAAAAAUCCUGUUAGUUCAAUACGUUCAUGGGUUAAAAAGCAACGUUCAAAUUCAGCUUCAAUAUCAGAUGAUAUACUUAAUAAUAAUAAUAAUAAUGAACAAAAUCAUAAUAAUUUUUCAAAAAUGGAUUCAAUAACAUCAUCACAAUCAUCUAGUGUAAAACGAACACGUACCAAUUCAGCAUCGUUGAAUACUUACACGACACCACCAUUAUCCCAUCAACAAUUACAAACAUGUUCUAGUACGCCACUCAAUUAUACAUCACCGUUGUCUUCAAGAAAGAAAAAACUAUCAUUAAGAAAUGCAAAUCCAAUUUCAUUAUUAAAACGUUCCUCAGAAUCACAUAUAGUUGCCGAUAAUAAUAGUGAAAAUGGACUAUCUACAAUGACGAAUAGUGGAACAGUUGAACAACAAAAUUCUCCAUUAGUAGGCGCAUAUAGUAUGUUAAAAAAUGUCUUAUCAUCUCAUAGACACACCACCACUACUAUCACUACUACCACAACGAGUAUCACUAAUGUCACAGAUGCGAACAAUUCUGGAGAUAAAAAGUAG